GAAGUUGAGGGUGAUGCCUGGAAGAGGGGCUACAGGCAGGAUCCGACAUGGCGCCGGGCGGCGCCAGCACCUGGAGAAUCCAGUAAGAUCCUGCGGAAGUACCGCUCACAACUGGCUGCGGCAGGCAUUGCCAUGCGGCCCAAGCGGACAUUGAAGUUCGAGAAGAUGGCAGCCAGAGAUGAGCUGCGGUUGCAAGACGCAAUCGCAACCAGCCACGAAAAGCGGCAGGCAGCCAAGGACGGCCGAACAGAGCCCAACCUGGAUGGCUCAGACCUUGAGCUCUGA